CUCGCAGCCAGCAGAUCAGUUUCUCGCUGUUUCGUUUGAUAAACCUUACUGUCAUUAAUAUCCCCAAAAUACCCUUCUGUUUUCCAUUAUUAAACGCCUAUUCUCCUCCCAGCCAAACGACCGCGUCAAAGCCAACAACUGGAGAGCCCCCCUCUGGUUCUCUCCAAUAUUCCAUCAAUGGCUUCCAUGAGCAACCUCGUUACCAAAGCCCCUUUCACUCCUGCCUCCCUCUCCAAAUCCUCCAAUACCCAUUUCGUCCUUCCUCUCAGACUCUCCUUCACUCCCAAACUUCAACCGAAAAGGGUGGCCCGAAUUCGAGCCGGUUUGAUCGAACCGGAUGGUGGCAAACUGGUUGAGCUAUUCGUUGACAAGUCCCAGAAGGAUGUUAAGAGAAGGGAGGCAAUUUCAUUGCCUAGGAUUAAGUUGACGAAGAUUGAUUUACAAUGGGUUCAUGUAUUGAGCGAAGGGUGGGCCAGCCCACUUCACGGAUUCAUGAAGCAAUCCGAGUUCCUCCAAACUCUUCAUUUCAACUCUCUCCGUCUGGAAGACGGGUCAGUUGUUAAUAUGUCGGUGCCGAUUGUGCUCGCCAUCGACGAUUUGCAGAAGCAGCGGAUCGGGGAGUCCAAUAGGGUGGCCCUUGUCGACUCCGAUGAUAAUACCGUUGCAAUUUUGAGCGAUAUCGAGAUCUACAAGCAUCCCAAAGAAGAACGGAUUGCCAGAACAUGGGGAACUACUGCCCCUGGUCUACCUUAUGUUGAACAAGCUAUAGCCAAUUCGGGCAAUUGGCUGAUUGGAGGGGACUUGGAAGUUAUAGAACCGAUUAAGUACCACGAUGGUCUGGAUAGAUUUCGAUUGUCACCUGCAGAACUCCGUGAGGAAUUCACUAAGCGCAAUGCAGAUGCUGUCUUUGCUUUUCAGCUUAGAAAUCCUGUGCACAAUGGCCAUGCUUUACUGAUGACAGAUACUCGGAGGCGGCUUCUUGAGAUGGGUUAUAAGAACCCUGUUCUCUUGCUUCAUCCAUUGGGAGGCUACACAAAGGUAGAUGAUGUUCCACUCAGUUGGCGAAUGAGGCAACAUGAGAAGGUGCUUGAAGAUGGAGUUCUUGAUCCAGAGACUACAGUGGUUUCUAUCUUUCCAUCUCCCAUGCACUAUGCUGGUCCAACUGAGGUGCAGUGGCAUGCAAAAGCUCGGAUUAAUGCAGGAGCUAACUUUUACAUUGUGGGUAGAGAUCCAGCUGGAAUGAGCCAUCCUGUUGAGAAAAGAGAUUUAUAUGAUGCUGACCAUGGGAAAAAAGUGUUGAGUAUGGCUCCUGGAUUGGAGCGGCUAAACAUCCUUCCUUUCAAGGUCGCUGCAUAUGACAAGACUCAGGGUAAAAUGGCAUUCUUUGAUCCCACAAGACCUCAUGACUUCCUAUUCAUAUCGGGUACCAAGAUGAGAACACUUGCAAAGAACAAAGAGAACCCUCCUGAUGGAUUUAUGUGCCCUGGUGGCUGGAAAGUGUUGGUUGAAUACUACGACAGUUUGGCUCCAGCAGACAAUGGAAAAGUCCCAGAACCUGUUCCAGCUUAGAUGGAGUUGCUGUGUAAUAAGCAAUGCCAUGUGAUUGGGAGAGACAUUAAAAACUUAUUUAUCUCCAGUGAUUGGUGAAGUUGUAAAUAUUAUGUAUCAGCUCUCAAAAUAAAAAAAUAAAAAAAAAACACGAGGCACUGGUAUGGGAGCAGAAGAGUUGCCUCGAUCUGCAAUUAGGUUUGCCCAUUGGGCGCUCUAGAGUGUGGGGGCCUUGUAUCAUACUGUGUUGUGCUGCACUUAUUUGAAGAAAUUGGAUUGUUGGGUGUUUUCCUA